AGGCGAAGCCGCAGAUAAGUACGACCAGGAAUCACGGCAAUAAAUAGGCGGCCCUUCUUGCUGAUGUCUCUUUUAUUGCUUUAAAUCCCUACCUUUUCAAUUACUCACGCGUCUGUAGACUCAUCUGCAUCCACUGUUGCAAUGUCACUUCCCCUCCGUCCCAACGCCGCGGCCGCGAGCCUGGCCACCAUUCAUCCUUUCGACCCUCUUACUCCGGGCGAGAUCAAACUUGCCGUUUCUAUACUGGAGAAUGCCCUGCCCGGAGCUCCUCUUCGAUACAAGCGCAUAGACGUGCUCGAGCCCAUCAAGAAAGAUGCAGUCCCAUAUCUCGAUGCUGAGCGACAAGGGUCUCCGCUUCCCAAGAAGCCGGCACGCCUCCUGUUUUGCUACUUUCACCGAAAGGAUACGGGUGGAUUCUUCAAAGCAGUUGUCGACGUCGGAGCUAUGAAGCCAGUUUAUAUUAAGGAGCUGCCCAAAGAUAUCCAGGGUCCUGCCGAUAUAGAUGAGCUUAUUGAGAUUGAAGAAGUUUGCAUGAAGCACCCGGCAGUUCUGGCCGAGAUCGAGAAAAUGCAGCUCCCUGAGGGGUUCGCCGUUUGCAACGACCCGUGGAUCUAUGGGACAGACAGCAGCACUGAAACCCGACGGCUUGCCCAAUGCUACAUGUACAUCAUUGAGGUGGACCACCCCGAGGCCAAUCAUUACUCUCUUCCGUGUGCAUUCUCUCCCGUGUUCGACCAGGUAACCAAAGAGUUGAUCCGCAUUGAUCAACUCCCCACUGGAGCCGAUUCCGCCACUCAACCAACGCAGCCAUGGAAGCCGGUCAAGUGCGUUCACUAUGCUCACGAAUUGCUGGAUGAGCCCCUGCGAACGGAUCUGAAGCCCUAUAUCGUCAAGCAGCCUCAAGGGCCUUCGUUCUCCGUAAACGGCCAUGAGGUGUCGUGGCAAAAGUGGCGCUUCAGGGUCGGAUUCACCAACCGCGACGGCUUGGUUCUGUACAACGUCACAUACGCUGGCCGUCAGACCUUCUACCGCCUGUCCAUGUCCGAGAUGACUGUGCCGUAUGGUGAUCCCCGAGCGCCGUACCACCGAAAGCAGGCUUUCGAUGCCGGAGACGUCGGUUUUGGCAUCACCGCAAACCAGCUUGCCCUUGGCUGCGACUGCCUCGGUCAUAUCAAGUACUUUGAUGGCUACAGGACCGACUCCAAGGGCAAUCCUGUCCACCUUAAGAAUGUCAUUUGCAUGCACGAGCAGGACAACGGCAUUCAGCACAAGCACACCAACUACCGCAACAACGCCGCCACCAUUGUCCGCAACCGACAGCUCGUUGUGCAGAUGAUCUGCACAGUGUCCAACUACGAGUACAUUCUUGCUUGGAUUUUCGACCAGGCUGGGAACAUCGAGCACGAAAUUCGCGCGACUGGAAUUCUCUCCACCAUGCCCAUCGACAACGAAACCGGUACCAAGGUUCCGUGGGGUACCAACGUCGGGCCUGGCGUGAUGGCUGCGUAUCACCAACAUUUGUUCUCCGUCCGCAUUGACCCUGCUAUUGAUGGGCACGAUAAUACUCUCUACUAUGAAGACAGUGUUCCGAUGCCUGUUGACAAGGAACUCAACCCCUUCGGCAUGGGGUACGUCUCUACGCAGACGGUUCUCAGUAAAGCCGGUUUUGCAGAUCUGAGCGUCGAGAGGAAUCGCGUCUUCAAGAUCCGCAAUGACAGCAAGAUCAACGACGUAUCUCUGAAGCCAGUUGCUUAUAAGCUGCACUCUGUGCCCAGCCAGAUGCUCAUCAUGAGCGAGGGCUCCUUCGCACGCAAGCGUGCAACCUUUGCGGAGCACGCCAUGUGGGUGACCAAGUACCAAGACGACGAGCUAUACGCAGCUGGAGAGUUUACAAACCAGAGCAGGGUAGACACUGGCCUUUCUGAGUGGGCUGCUCGCGACGACAACGUGGAGAAUACCGACAUUGUAGUGUGGCACACCUUUGGCCUUACACACAAUCCGCGCCCGGAGGACUUCCCGGUGAUGCCUUCUGAGAGGGUGAGCUUCAUGCUGAAGCCUGAUGGCUUUUUUACCAAGAACCCUGCUCUGGAUGUCCCUCCUAGCACGCAGUCAUUCAAUCAGUCGAAUCUCUACGAGGAUUCUUGCUGCAGCGACAAGUCGAAGCUUUAAGUUGUAUCCGACUGCCCAUUUUCUUUAGGUUAUCGGGUCAAUUUGGUAUUGUAAAGGGUCGAUGAUGCUCAAGAGUGGGAUUAGAUUCCGUUGAAUAUAGCCUUGCUAUGUGUAGCGCCAGUACGGUCAUGUUAUACGGUAUAACGAAUCGUUACAACGCUCAAUGCACCACUAUUCGCAUUAUGUUUCAAUAAUACGGAAUGAAGUUACCUG